AAAAGUGUUGGUAGAAAACUAUUGUUGGGACUGUAAGAAUAUACUUUUUGGGCAUGGGAAUAGGGAUGGGAAAAUUUCAUGCAUGUUAAUUACAACAACUAUACAGUAGUAUAAAUAUCGGACUUGAGGAAUAGAGCAUUUGGGUAAAAUGUAUUUUGUUGUUGUAAAUUGUGAAUUUUGGUGUGAAUUUAGUUUUCGUGACUGUGAAUUGCGGUUAGUGAUGUACCUACAAAAUUUUUUUUAUGUUUUUAGCUUGAAUAUUGACGUGGAGGAUGCGGUGUAUGUACACUGUACAGUAGGAUGCUAGAAAAAAGGGAUUCUUGUAUGGUUUGUAGGUAGAUUUCAUUAGAGUAUGGGUAUAUGAGUUUUGUAUGGUAAUGAGAUCAUAUUACAUCAGUGGGAGUUCAUUGACUUUAAGAUGCAUUGGUUGUUUGAAGGUUGAUAGUAAUUUAUGAAAAACAAUUUAAGAAAUAAUAGAAAGGAAACAAAUAUUUUAUGUCGUUUAUAAUAAUUGUGAUUUAUUAAUCCAUGAAUUGUUAGUCGGUGGGAAGCCGAGCCAUUUAACAUAUACAUUGUCUCCAUUACUUUUAAGUACUUUUUCCACGAGAUAAAUAUGAGGGUAUUUAGUCUUUUGUAAUUCUUUUUCGUAAAAACAUCCACUAAUAGGUUGACCAUUAAAAUCUUCAAGGAGAUAUGUUGGCGGGUUGGUUAGGUUUACUUUUCUUAUCAUAAAAAUUUCCGUUGUCCAAUUUGGUGUGAUUAAAACUAAAUUCCUUCCACAUUUUUUUCAGAAAUUUCUGUAUAAAUAGCUGUUUCAGUUUAGGAUGUAUCUCAUACCGUCGACGAUGAAUCUCAGAGAAGAACUUUUACAAGUUGAAGAGGAAGUUUUGUUCAAGCCUUGUAAAAAGGUUAUUGAAUUAAAACAAAAUGAAAAAUAUCGUAUUGGUAAACUGAAACGUUGUGUUACGAAAUUUGGAGAACGAAUUGUUGCUGAUUUGGGCGAAUUUCAGACUUUCUUCCCAAUGCGAUACAACAAAUUGUCAGACGCUGCAAUAACCGAAAUCAAUCGAGGUUCAUUCAACUUUACCUAUUUAUGUCCGUUAGGACGAACUGCUAGUAUUAAAAUUGAAGAAGAACUGUAAAUUAUUAAAUAAACCUUACAUGUUCUGAGCAUA